AUGGCUCCAGGGGAGAAGAUCAAAGCGAAGAUCAAGAAGAAUCUGCCGGUGACGGGCCCGCAGGCGCCCACCAUCAAGGAGCUGAUGCGCUGGUACUGCCUAAACACCAACACGCACGGCUGCCGCCGCAUCGUGGUGUCGCGCGGCCGCCUCCGCCGCCUGCUCUGGAUCGCCUUCACGCUCACCGCCGUGGCGCUCAUCUUCUGGCAGUGCGCCCUGCUCGUCUUCUCCUUCUACACCGUCUCGGUCUCCAUCAAGGUUCACUUCCAGAAGCUGGACUUCCCAGCCGUCACCAUCUGCAACAUCAACCCCUACAAGUACAGCGCCGUGCGGGACCUGCUGGCUGACCUGGAGCAGGAGACCAGAAGCACCUUGAAGAACCUGUACGGCUUCCCGGAGACGAAGGCUCGGAGGCGCCGCGAGGCCGAGACCUGGGAGGACCCGCAGCCCAAGUUCCUCAACCUGGUCCCGCUGCUCCUCUUCAAGCAGGGCGAGACGCACACGGCCCGGGACUUGCUGACGGGCCGCAAGCGCAGGGUGGGCGACCGCGUGAUCCACAAGGCGGCUGACGUGGUGCAGGUCCACGAGUCCAAGCAGGUGGUGGGCUUCCAGCUGUGCUCCAACGACACAGCCAACUGUGCCAUCUACACCUUCAGCUCGGGGGUCAACGCCAUCCAGGAGUGGUACAAGCUGCACUACAUGAACAUCAUGGCGCAGGUGCCCCUCGAGAAGAAGAUCGACAUGGGCUACUCGGCCGAGGAGCUGCUGGUCACCUGCUUCUUCGAUGGGGCGUCCUGCGACGCCAGGAAUUUUACUCUCUUCCACCACCCGAUGUACGGGAACUGCUACACAUUCAACAACAGAGAGAACGAGACGACACUCAGCACUUCCAUGGGCGGCAGUGAGUAUGGGCUGCAGGUCAUCCUGUACAUCGAUGAAGAGGAGUAUAACCCCUUCCUGGUGUCCUCCACGGGGGCGAAGGUGAUUGUCCAUCGGCAGGACGAAUACCCCUUCAUCGAGGAUGUGGGGACGGAGAUCGAGACGGCCAUGGCCACCUCCAUCGGGAUGCACCUGACGGAGUCGUUCAAGCUGAGCGAGCCCUACAGCCAGUGCACGGAGGACGGGAGCGACGUGCCCAUCAAGAACAUCUACAAUGCUGCCUACUCCCUCCAGAUCUGCCUGCACUCCUGCUUCCAGACCAAGAUGGUGGAGAAAUGUGGAUGUGCCCAGUACAGCCAGCCUCUGCCCCCGGCAGCCAACUACUGCAACUACCAGCAGCACCCCAACUGGAUGUACUGCUACUACCAGCUGCACCAGGCUUUCGUCCGGGAGGAGCUGGGCUGUCAGUCUGUGUGCCGGGAGGCCUGCAGCUUUAAAGAGUGGACACUGACCACCAGCCUGGCCCAGUGGCCCUCUUUGGUUUCUGAGAAAUGGUUGCUGUCUGUUCUCACUUGGGACCAAGGCCAACAAAUCAAAAAAAAGCUCAACAAGACUGACUUGGCCAAACUCUUGAUAUUCUACAAAGACCUGAACCAGCGCUCCAUUAUGGAGAGCCCUGCCAAUAGCAUUGAGAUGCUUCUGUCCAACUUUGGAGGCCAGCUGGGCCUGUGGAUGAGCUGCUCAGUCGUGUGCGUCAUUGAGAUCAUCGAGGUCUUCUUCAUCGACUCCUUCUCCAUCAUCGCCCGCCGCCAGUGGCAGAAAGUAAAGGAGUGGUGGGCCCGGAGACAGACGCCCCGCUGCCCCGAGGCUCCUCCCGUCCCCGGUGGCCAGGACAACCCAGGCCUGGAUAUUGACGAUGACUUGCCCACCUUCACCUCUGCCCUGAGCUUGCCUCCAGCCCCGGGGGCCCAGGUGCCCGGCACCCCGCCCCCCAGAUACAACACCUUGCGCUUGGAGAAGGCCUUCUCUCACCCGCUCCCCGAUACCCAGGUAUCGGCAGAGUCCUGA